AUGGAUAUCUUCCAGACAAUUGUCACAUCCGGGGAGCUGAUCUACCAUUUCCUCGACGCUUAUUCGGCCCACUCUAAAGAGGCCAGAUCUCUGGCCGCCCGCUUUAAAUGGGACAUUCGCGUGCUGCAACAAAUCGUUCAGCAUUUCGACAGCCGACGGCUGCAAAACGAGGGGAAACUCACAGAGCCCGACCAGAAACUGCUCCAGGAGACCGCCGAGUAUUUGCAAUCUCUCGCAGCGCGUGCCGGCGCCAGCUGCGCCCGCGUUCAGACCCAGGAAUGGCUUUCCCGCGCUAGUAGCAAGGUCUUGUGGUUUCACCGCCGCAAAGAACUGCAGAGCCUGGAGCAAGAGCUGUUCGAGUGGACCUCGCGUUUCGACAUCCGGCUCGUCGGUCUCCCCCCUGAGCUCAAGACCAUCAUCUCUUCGAUCAGCGAAGAACAGGACGACGCUGGGUCCAGCAAGGCUCUCUGUUCCAAUCGGCGAAUGCAUAGGGUCCAGGCCCUUGCCGAGGAGGCCCGGCUCGCAGAGUCCCGCGACCUGUUCUUAGAAAAUGUACCCAAGACCCUACGCAAGACGCACCUUCGAACAGGCUCCGAGUAUUCCAUUCUGGAGUUCAAGAGCGAGCAGGUCAUCCUGGAAUCCAGAUAUUUCGCCCUAGCCAGCGACUCGGGCCCCCGGCAGAUUCGCGUCCUCACUCAAUGCCAUCGACAGUGGCACCCGGAACGGCCAUCGUUCAACCUGAUUCAUAGUCUGCCAUUCCCACCAUCUCCGGCCACGGCAACCACGCUUAAGAGCCUUGUCGCCGCACAAUCGGGAUCCAGGAGGAUGCCGCCGCUACACUCUCUAGACCAACGCUAUCGAGUUGCGCUACACUUGUCGACGGCGGUGCUCUUUCUGCACGGUUCUGACUACCUGCACAAGAACAUCUCGUCCGAGAGCGUUCUCAUGCUUUUCAACGACCAGAAUGAUUCGAGUCUCAAAUUCCCCUACGCUCUCGGCAAGCCUUACCUGGUGAACUUUGAGCUGAUCCGCUCAUUUGCCCUCGGGAGCCACCCAAUGGAGCCCUCAAGCGACUGGAAGGCCAGGAUAUACAUCCAUCCCGCCAGGCAAGACCCCCGACCGCGGAGCUUCAUCAAGUCCUACGACAUCUACAGCCUCGGCGUCGUUCUGUUAGAGCUCGGCUUGUGGCGGCCGCUUGAGCGGUUUGAUGCGGAGCUCAGCGCGGCAGACCCCGACGAGAUGCAGAAAGCUCUCAACAGGAUCGCCCAGGAACUUGGAAUCACUAUGGGGAAACGAUAUCGGGAAAUCGUCCAGUGGUGCUUGGCUCUCUACGGCGAUCAAGACGUCCAGCCGGCCGUGCUUGUUCGGGAGGUGCUUUCAAAGUUGGAGGAUAUCGUAGAAGCUAUCGGUUAG